AUGUGGGAGGUCGUCUGGACUGAUCCCGAUAGGGAGUCGAGGAAAGAACAUCGCGAACGCAAGGCCACCGAGAGAGAGCAAAAAGACAAGACACGCGCAGCUAGAAGCUCCAUGUCUACUCGAAGUUCUUCAUCUUCAGAUAACAAGCCGUUCAGUUUCUUUGGAUCCAAGAGUCUUAAGAGGACACUCGCCCCCUCCACCAAAUCGUCGGCUCUCAAGGCCCCAAGCAUCGACAGCACAUUCAGAGGAUCGCUGUUAUCCGCAGCAUCGGAGCCACCCCCAGCGGAACUCCCCUGCAGCCCCGUCACCACUGAGACAACGGUCGAUCGCACCUUCGUGCCGGAAAACUUCAUCGAAGACUCAUUGGGUUCUCCGAGUUCCAAUCGAGACUCUGUAUUCUCCAAGUGGACAGACAACUCAAAAUGGACCGAUGUCUCGAGAUGGACCGAUAAUUCACUAGCAAUUCCGUCUUCGCCCUGCAACACUUCGGUAGCCGAGUCGACAGCCGCCGCCAGAGCAUCCCACUAUGUGCAGACCCUUGGACCCACCUCAUACAUCACCAAAAGCACCGAGGUGACCAUCUUGCCACGAACCGCCGACAACGACUCGGCUGGCAUGGUGUCGCAUGUCACUAUCACGGCCGAACCGGUCAAGGAGGAGCCUCCGACGCCACCUCGAUCUCCGGCCAUUGAACCUCAAACACCUUUUAUCAUAGACACGCCUGUCAAUUUGUUCCCAGGACAGCCAAUGCCAAGGCACUCCCUUCGACGGAAGCCAUCGUGGACUACAGCCUUCAAACCCAAUAAUCCAGACGCCUGGAAGCCGCCCGAUGCCUGGGACUGUGGUCCUCCCCCGGAAGUCCGGACCCCCAUGGUCGAGGAUGUCAUUGAGGAAACACCAGAGCCCGAGUCUGGACUCUCCAUGUCGAUGGAUCUUAACGGGAUGCAGCGCGAGGUGAGACGGAUGGCCGCUGCCAGUACGAGCAUUCGCCUGCUGCGCUUGAAGGAGGUUUGGGGCGACACAAGCGACGCUAGUCUCUACAAAGAGUUGGAAAUGGAAAAGAAACGGUGGAUGCUGUCGUCCUUACACAACAUGGACAGGCCAAUGGAAGCGACCAACACCAAGAAUGCCCCCAAUAAGAUCACGCCGUCCAAGGCGCGGAAGGUACUGGCUCUUUACGAGACACAAGCAACCACCUCAUACUUGGCGGCUCUCCACUGCAGCAAGAAGGUCUACCAUCUUUCGUCUUCUCCGCUGUCGCACACUCUCUUCCCCAACAUUCACCCGAUUCGCGUGCCGGCAAUCUCGCCGUCGGCGUUUCCCGUGGCCCCGUCACUCUUCGGGGCCGUCUACUCCCUCGGCCUCCCGGCGCUAGUACCAUCCCCGGAGGUACCUGGUCUUCUCAAGAAUGUCCACAGGUGUCUCUCGCCCGGUGGCACCUUUCACCUCACCCUAAUCGACCCUCUUCCCGUCACAACCACCUUGGGACCCCUCAUGCGUAGUUGGAUUGAAGACAACCUUGUCUUCAACCUGGAAAAGAACUUUCGCUGCAUGAAUCCGAGCAAACUCUUCCCCCUCUGGAUGGCAGACGCUUCCCUCCGUGCUGAAGGCAGUACCAUCACCACAGUGAAGUUCUUCGCCAUACCGCCCACCGACAAACCAGAUACCGCCACGACUGACGACGAACAACUUGCGGAGAGAGCCAUUAAGCAGGAGCUCCGCAGUCUUGUCGGCAGGAUGCUCUGGAAAGAAGUAUGGGGACAGUACAUCACCGCCGACAAGUGGUGGUGGGAACACGACGAAAUCGUCGACGAGUGCGACCAGCUUAAGACGUCAUGGGAGUACAGUAUCAUCGAGGCAGUCAAAGAGGCGUGA